CCUGCUAACGGCAUUAUAGGCUGUGAUCAUGCAAACAGUCGAUAUUGGCAAUAAGGAAGACGGAAAAUUAUGGCAUCGCAAACCAGUUGUAACAAACAAUGGGAUCCUGGUGACGGUAAUUCGCAGUGCAUCUGCCUACCAAAGCAAGACUGUUCGGUUCCUUCAUGUGGCUUUUGACACCACUGGCGAGUCCUUCCUUGCCGGUGAUCACCAUGGGAAUAUCUAUGUGUUUGAUAUUAGCAGGAACAGAUAUAAGCUGGUGCAGAAAACGGGGCAAGCAAGCACAGCUUUAGCUUUCAACCUACGCAGAACAACUGAGUAUUUGGUUGCUCUUUCUGAUUAUUCCAUCAAAUGUUACGACAAAGACACCAAACAGCUGGUGAGCUGGAUGAGAGGUCAUGAGGGCGCGGUAUCCUCGUUGUCGGUCCAUGGUUCCGGACGCUAUGCCAUCAGCAACUCUUCGGAUACGGCUCAGCUCUGGGACCUGGACACGUUUCAGAGAAAGAGGAAACUCAAUGUGCGCCAGUCUGUGGGAAUACAAAAGGUGUUCUUUCUCCCGCUGAGUAACACUAUUCUGAGCUGCUUUACUGACGACUCCAUUUUUGCCUGGGAGAGCGACACGCUGUUUUGCAAAUACCAGCUGCCAGUGCCACAGGAUGGGCCCAGGAUGCAUUACAAGGCAUUUGCUGUUACACAAGAUGGGAAGACACUGACUGUAGCCGGGCGCUCAAACCUGAUUCAUUUGUGGUGUUUGGCCAGUCAGCAGCUCUUGAGAAUCAUACAGAUGCCACAACAAGUACGGACUGUGCGACACCUCGAUUUCUUACCAGACAGUUUUGAUGGAGGAUCAAGCCAGAUCCUGGGUGUUUUGAGCCAGGAUGGCAUCAUGCGUUUUAUCAACAUCCAGACGUGCAAGCAGCUAUUUGAAAUCGGCUCCCAUGACGAAGCAAUCAGCUCUGCAGUUGUUUGUCCCAAAGGCCGGCACAUUGUAUCAGUGAUGGACAGCGGUGCUCUGAGAAUUUACAACGUGCAGGCUCUCACUCAAGAGAUCAACAAGCCUCCACAGUCUCUGGUAAAAAUGGUGACCUCAGGCAACAAAGCUGACACCUCCUGCCUAAAGAUGAAAGUGCACUCUGGAACUGUGCAGCGUCCAGCCAAAACCUCUGGCCAGCGAAAGACCAAAAUACUGCGGCCUUCAGCUCUUUCCACCCUGGAUGACAAAGAGAAUGACUUGCCAGGCGGCCUUAACAAGAAGCGACUCCAGACAAUACUAAAAACAUUUGGAGAAUAUCCAGCCAAGUACAGGAUGUUCAUUUGGCGCUCUUUGCUGCGGCUGCCUGAAAACCAUGCUGCCUUUAGCAGUCUGACUGACAAAGGGCUUCACUCAGCCUAUGUUUGCCUGCAUGAGCGCUACCCAAUCAAGAGCCACAGACUGCAGCGAGGUUUACAGAGGUUGCUGUCUGCUCUGGCGCACUGGUCAGCCAUCUUUGGUGAGGCGGAGUAUAUCCCACUGUUGGCAUUUCCAUUCGUCAAACUUUUUCAGAACAAUCCACUUAUCUGCUUUGAAGUUGUAGCAACUGUCAUCGUGAACUGGUGCCAGCACUGGUUUGAGUAUUUUCCAAACCCACCGUUGAACAUUCUGAGCAUGGCAGAGAAUGUGCUGGCACAUCAUGAUAAAGAGCUGCUGUGCCACUUUGUUGACUGUGGUGUCACUUCACAGCUUUAUGCCUGGCCGCUGCUUAAAACCCUGUUCUCUGAGGUGCUGACCAAAGACGAGUGGCUGAAGCUGUUUGAUAAUGUUUUCUCUAACCAUCCUUCAUUUCUGCUGAUGGCUGUCGUGGCCUACGUGACCUGCUGCAGAGCGCCGUUGCUCCUCUGUACUCAUAAGGAUGACUUCGAGUACUUUUUCCAUCAUCGAAACAAUCUGGACAUAAGCUCCAUGCUGAAAGAAGCAUAUCGAUUGAUGGACUCCACCCCACCCGACCUGCACCCGAGUUCCAUGCUGACUGACUUUGAGCCCCUGACACGUGGUCAGUACCCCAUCUUCAACAAAUACCCCACCUUUAUCGUGGAGUAUCAGUGCCAGGAGCGGGAAAGAAUCUACCAGCAAGAACUGGAAUACCUCAGAGAGAGACAGGCACUUCAGGAGCUGCGAGCUGAAGCAGUGAGGCAGCAAGCCGAAGACGAGGCCUGGUACACUCAGCAAGAGCUGCUGCAGCAGGCUGAGGAACAGCGCAGGAGAGUCCUUCAAGAAGAGGAGAGCAAACUCACCCAGCAAAGAGCCAGGUUAGCUGCUAUGAAACGUGAGAUGAAGGUCAAAGAGGUCACGCUACUCGACGCAUCUCGAAGGCGUUUCCUGAAGCACCAGCAGAAUCAGCGCAAGAUUGAGCUCAACCGACUAGAUGAUGAGAUUCAAAGAAAGAUGGCGUUGCGAGAACAGGAGACCGCCAUGGCUGUGCAGGAUAUGGAAGUAAGGCAAAUGGAACUGGAUGCUCAGAGAAGAUUGUUUGAGCAGCAACUGGCUAAGGAACAGGAGCAUAUGAGUCAAGAUAUGAGAGCUGAGGUGGAUGCCCGCUGGCGGAAGUCUGAGAUGGAGAAUUCUGCCUUUCACAACCUCCUUCAGGCAGACAGUGAUCUCAACCAGGAAACUAACAGGGUACUGGAGGAGUCUCUAGCAGAGGCGGGGCAGCUGGAAGCUGAUGCUGAAUGGCAGACAAAAGUGAUCAAACGGUUGCAGAAGGCGGAGACAGAACAGCAGAAGCAGAGAGAGCAGCUAGCCAAUCUCAGCAGGUCAAACCAUGCUAAAGAGGAGCAGCUAGUUCAGUUAAUGAUGGAUGUGGAGGACACACAUUGGAAUGACGUGGUGACAAAGCAGGCCAAGCUGAGGGAAGAAAGGCAGAUGGCUACACGUGAAGAUGCCCAGCGGACCUUACACCUCUCCCAGCAAUUAGACGCAACCAAAGGACUGAGGGACGGACUCCAAAAGAGCCAAGAAGAAUCAAGACAUCAGCUAUGGGAGAAGAACCUCCACUCACCCUGCUCACAAAAGCCCAACAGUCCACAGGCUGAUCCCACCACAAUCUGUCUGAACAACCAGUCUUCUUCAGAGGAUUCCACAUGCUUUUCUCUGGACCGUGGGCGAGGUAGGCUUGACUAUGAAGAGAAGGCAUUGCUGCAGGAAAUCAGAGAGCUCCGACAGAAGCUGGCCGCCAGAGCCAGAGACUCUACUUUGCACUCAGCCUCUUCCCUACACUCCUGCUGACCCUGAAAGCUGGAUGGAGUCAUGAGAAAGGACAAAGACUUGAAGAGGAGGUGUGAACAGAUCCAAAAUGACAGGCUCAUCUAAUGGAAUUGCAGAAAUUAUGGUGUUUAUAUUACUUACUGUUAAUUGUGGUCGGGGAUUUGAAAGGUUUACUUCAUACUUCAGACCUUCAAGACGGAUUAGAACUUAUUUUGUAUGCGUUGGUUUGUGGUGGACCUGUUCGCCUGAUUUGAUUGGAAUGUACUGAACCUUUUUUUUGUUGUAGAUAUUAUUUUGCUACACCUAGAUUUUAAAAUUAUUUUGAUAUCUGUAAUAACUUUUUAAUAUUUACAUGAUUAAAAUCAAUGUUGUUUUAUGCAUAAAA